AUUCAAAAUGUCCAAACUCUAUAAAACACAACAAAACCUUACCACAAAUAAACACCAAAACAACUCACUUGAUAUAGUUACUAAAUUCAUAGAGAAAAUUGAAGUGCUGCAAUGGCUACAAAUCAGGAAGAUGUGAAACUCUUGGGAGCUCUUGCAAGCCCAUUUGUGUGCAGAGUACAACUUGCUCUAAAUCUGAAGGGAAUUCAAUAUGAAUUUCUUCCAGAAAAAUUGCCUAACAAAAGUGAACUUCUUCUCAAAUAUAACCCAGUUUAUAAAAAGGUUCCGGUUUUUGUUCACAAUGAAAAACCCAUAUCAGAAUCCCUUGUUAUUCUUGAAUACAUUGAUGAAACAUGGAAACAAAGUCCAAUCCUGCCUUCUGAUCCUUACAAAAGAGCCUUGGCUCGUUUCUGGACCAAGUUCAUAGAUGACAAGAUUGUGGUUCCUUCAUUCAAAUCUGUUUUCACAAUUGAUGAGAAAGAGCGUGACAAGAAUAUGGAAGAAUCAUCUGAGGCUCUUAAGGUUCUUGAGAAUGAGUUGAAGGACAAGUUCUUCGGAGGUGAAGAGAUUGGUUUUGUGGAUAUUGCUGCUGUUGCCAUAGCUUUUUGGAUUCCUUUGAUUCAAGAGAUAUCAGGGUUGCAAUUGUUUACUGCUGAAAAGUUUCCAAAGCUUUACAAAUGGAAUCAAGAAUUUCUCAACCAUCAAAUUGUGAAGAAAAGUUUGCCUCCUAGAGAACCACUUUUCGCCUUAUUCAAAGGUCGCUAUGAGAGCCUUUUUAAUGCUUCAAAAUAAACCAUGUUAUAGAGUACUGAGAUUCAGAAUUUCAAGUGUAUUAUUGUCAGUCAUUGAUUUUUUGUUGUUAGGAUUUUAUUUCAAAAUAAUGUUUUGUAAUGUGAGAUGAGAUUUCUCUCUCUGUGAAAUCUAAGGAUAUUGUUGUGAUUUUUCCAUAUUUGGAUCUAAUGAAAAAUGUAUGUUUUUAUCCUAUUCCUAA